UCGAGGCUCCAAUUCCCGGCGGCCCUCGCGGCAGGUUCCGGGCGUCAAGACAGUUCGUGAUGGCAGGCUCUGGUUCCGCCGCUGUAUCCGGGGCAGGGACCCCGGUGGCGGGGCCCACAGGCCGCGACCUCUUCGCUGAGGGGCUCCUCGAGUUUCUGCGACCGGCAGUACAGCAGCUCGACUCUCACGUCCACGCGGUCAGAGAGAGCCAGGUAGAACUCCGCGAACAAAUUGACAACCUAGCUACAGAACUGUGCCGUAUCAAUGAGGAUCAGAAGGUGGCCCUGGAUCUCGACCCUUAUGUUAAGAAGCUGCUUAAUGCCCGCCGACGAGUUGUCUUGGUCAACAACAUCCUACAGAAUGCCCAGGAACGGCUGAGGCGGCUAAACCACAGUGUUGCUAAGGAAACAGCACGGAGGAGGGCAAUGCUGGAUUCAGGAGUUUACCCUUCUAGUUCCCCAAGCAAAUAACAGGACAGAAGAUGGGCCCAUGGCCUCAGUAGCACAAGUACUGUUCCUCAGCUGCCUUGUUUCAACAGAUAUAUGAAGAUUCCAGGAGACAAUCCUUGUAGACCUUGGGACCUCAACAGGGCAGCCCUAUGGUGUUUGAAACACUUAGUCUUACCCAUCUAUGUAGCUGUUCCAAGAAACCUGUGUGCAGGACUCGGGUUCCCAAAGGACUUUAAUAUAAUUACAGCUCUUGCUUCCUUCCACGAAUGAGCUGAGGCCUCUACAUUUUUUUCGAGCUACAUAUUCAAGGCCCACCUUCUUUGGGCCUAGUUAACCAGAAUGGGGCUUCCUUUGUUACAUGUCUAGUUACAUGGGCCUGGGCAGCAUGUUCUCUACCUGUGACUUCUCAGUUUUUCUUUGUUUACACUGAGGAUUUGGAGGAGAGAGCAGCCAAAGUCAAGUUAAUGACCUCUGUCUACCCUCUUUUGUUAUUGCGCUGGCUUGAAUACAGUAGCAGUGUUGCUAGAACCAUUUAAAUAAAUAAAUACUUCAACAAUA